AUGGGCUGCUGUGGCUGCGGAAGUUGUGGUGGCUGCGGGGGCUACGGUGGCGGCUGCACCACCUGCAGGUGCUACCGGGUCAACUGCUGUCCCUGCUGCACCGGCUGCUGUGGGUGCUGCUGCACUGUCCCCGUGGUCUGCUGCUGCCACCGCUGCUGUCACCCCUGUGGCUCGUGUGGCUGUGGCUGGUGUGGCUGCGGUGGUGGGAAGGGCUGUUGGCAGCAGAAGAGCUGUUGCAAGAAGCAAUGUUGCUGCUAG